UUUAGGCUUUUCAAGAAGAAGAGCGUCGGCAUACAACACAAAAACCAGGAAAGACUCCAAAUAACCAGGAAACAAGGGCUUAAACGAUUAACAAUGUCUGAAAAUAGUUCCAAGGAUACUGUGCUGAAGACAGCAAUGACUUAUAUUUGUGGAGAGUGCCAUCAUGAAAAUGAAAUGCGUCCCAGGGAUCCAAUACGUUGCCGUGAAUGUGGCUACCGUAUUAUGUACAAGAAACGAACCAAGAGAUUGGUCGUGUUUGAUGCUCGCUAAGUUUCCGAAAGAAGCUAAUUAUAAAAUUUUUAUUCACUAGAAGAUUAAGAUUCAUUAGGAUGUAAUGAUUGGACUAAAAUAAAGAAAUUUUGUAACAAAUAA